UGUACCGGAACAGUUCUUCAAAUAGAAGUAGAGAUUUUUGGAAAUGGUUUGUUUUUGUAUUCUGAAUUUGGAGAAUACAUUCCAUAUUUCUCCUUGAUCUAAGAAUCUGGACUCGAUUCAGGGUUUAUACAUUUUGCAAUCUACUUAAAGAAGGUUGUUGGUUGUGUUCUGCUGCUCAUUUCGCCAGGUAUUAGCGCCGCAACCAUUUUAGGUUUUCUUCAGGUCUCUGCAUUGCUUGUACGUUGUUAAAAUUUCCGCCGUUUUGUCCAUUGAUUUGAUUGGUUGUUCUUAAGGUUGUGGUUUUCAUUGUCUGCGACGGAAUUAUUGAAAGACGACUCAAUGAGAUGUCCAUCUGAAACACGUUGUUCCGAGUGGGCAAUAAAAUACUUAGGAUUAUGCAUUUGCAACACAAGAGAUGUGUUAGUAUAUGCUCUAGGAUUUAUUAGUGUAAUUUGUUGGAGUGUAGCGGAAAUUCCCCAAGUUGUUACAAAUUACAAGAAGAAAUCUGCCGAGAGCCUCUCUUUUUGGUUUCUUCUGACAUGGAUAGUAGGAGAUCUUUUCAAUCUUUUUGGCUGCUUGUUAGAACCCGCAACUCUUUCAACACAAUACUAUAUGGCAUUGUUAUAUACAAUUACUACCGUGACUCUUGCUGCACAAGUUGUAUACUAUGAACACAUUUAUCCACGAUUCAAGUCCAAGAAAAAGCAUCAAGAGCCAAAGGAAGUUGUGGAAAAGACAAUAGAGACCAGUCAUGGAGUUGAUGUGCAAGAUGACAAUAAUAUAACGAGGAAGGCUGUUGUCCGAAGCUCACCUAUUCCUUUCCCAGCAUGUUCUUCCGACCAUAAUGAUCUAUAUUUCAUGUCUGCAAGAUCUCUUUCAGUAAGUCGUACGCCUACCCUCGGGUCUUUCCCAGCUUCAAAAACUCCUACUGGCGAUGGUGAGAAUAAUUUGUGUAAAGAACCAUUGCUUGAAAAUACUCGGCCAACACAAUCUGCUCCUUCAAAUAUAAAGACUACUCUCUGCGUGGUUUCUUUGAUGACAUUUUUCCUUGGCGGUUGUGACUACAAAGUAGCAACAAGUAACAAAAAUUACAUGAUCUCUAAUGUUUCAACAAAAGGGGUUGUGUUGCAAGUGAGAAGAAAACUUCUAGAGAGGACUAGAACUUCAGCACAUAAAGUUGUUACUGCAGAAAGCAGGGGGUUUGGAUCAAUCCUAGGUUGGGGAAUGACAGUCAUUUACUUGGGUGGACGUUUUCCUCAAAUUCGCUUAAAUAUUAAAAGAGGAAGUGCAGAAGGGCUUAACCCACUAAUGUUUGUUUUUGCUCUUUUGGGAAAUCUUACUUAUAUGGGAAGCAUCUUGGUUCACAGUACAGAUUUUUUAAACAUAAGACCAAACCUUCCAUGGCUUGUGGAUGCAUUGGGAUGUAUAGUUCUUGAUACUUUUAUACUUCUUCAGUUCUUCUAUUUUUACUAUCGAUCGAGAAACUAACUUGAGACAGAUCUUUGACUUCAUGGCCAAAAGAAAGCUAGUGGGCAUAGGAUACACAAGAUUAGAGCUGCAAUGGAAGAGACUACUACAACUACAUAAGAUCAACUUGCUGCCCUGCAGACAGCAACCAAGACUUCUUUCUUCAGAUUUUAAAAUUUCAAUUUAUUAGGCCUCUCUGGUUUUCAUGCAUAGGAUACACAAGAUGAGAGCUGCUAUGGAAGAGACUACUAUGAAUACAUAAGAUCAAUUUGCUGGCCUGUAGAUAGCAACACCACUUCUUUCUUCUGAUUUAAAAAUUUUCAAUUUAUUAGGCCUCU